CAUUGGUGUGGUGAUGCUGCAGCUCAUCACCGGACGGCCUGCCUUGAUACCCACCGCUGCAGGCAACGACGAUCGGCAAGGCUCCAGCUCUGGCAGCGGGGGAGGUGGCAGUAGCAGCAACAGCAGCAACAGCAUCAGCACAAACAGCUACAGCAGCAACAGCAGCAACAGCGUGCGAACAAACAGUUACACCAGCAGCAGCAGCAGCAUGAGCAGUAGCAGCAGCUCAGUGCACAUUCGAGACUGGGCACAGCACAUGGUAUCGCGCAACAUCACGGCCAACCUGCGCGCCGCCCACCUGCCCUCAGCACCCGACGCCAUCGUGCUGCCCAUGGUGCGCCUCGCCCUCUCCUGCACCGCUUCCGACCCCCUCUCCCGCCCCACUGUCACCGACCUGCUCCGCUCCAUCAAGGCUCUCAAGCGCUCCCUCUCCACCCACCCGCGCCCUGCCUUGCUCGCCAACGCAGGGGCGAGCGGGGAUGGUGAGACCCCCGGUGCUGCAGGCGGUGGGGGCGCUGGGCAGCAGCAGCAGGGCUGGGAGGAUGGCGGUUUCAGUCAGAAUGCAUUAGAUGCGAAGCUGGAUUGGCUCAUGGACGACGAAGAUAGUGGUGUGUUUGUGACAGAUGUGUAG